AUGAAGCGUGUCUCUUCUUACUAUCUGUUCGAAACUGAGCUUAUUUAUCCGUCAAUCAAGGUCACCAUGAGUUCAAAAGGUUUUGGAAGCUUCUUUGCUCGAUCAUCAGGUAUCUCAGGCUCUACGGGAAGCAACCCUCCUACCUCCACGCCCUCAUUGAGACACGGAGCCGAUACGGCCAUUGGUUCACGCCUUGACCUCGAAAUAAAGUCAACUCAAGCUCGCCUGGUCAGUGAAUUUUCAAGACAGAUAGCCGAGGACAUAGAGAGGCGCACUCCAUUCAAUUGGUCUAAUAGUGAAUUACCCACUAUGGAAGACACCUUGAUCGUGAUGGAAAGAACCAAGAGCACAUAUAUUACUGCAUUCAAGAGGCAACUGGACUCACAUCUCAAGCACAGAAUUGAUAAAAUGGUGUCACACAUUGCCAGCAAAGGGGGAGAUCCUGAAACUGAGCUCAGCAAGCUUACAUCCGACCCAAGAGCCGAACGUGUCGACAUUGGCACGGACGACAACGAAAUCGGUGUCAGGGACUACAACUUAUGGUUUUCCCUGGACAAUUCUAUGUAUGACAUCUAUACGAAGAAAAAACCAUUGAAGUGCGAAAUUAAAGACAUGAACACCACCGCCAUUGGGAAUAAAUACCGGCCAUGGCAACAGAGUAUAUGA